GGCGCUUCGCGGAACCAGAGUGUGUCAGUUGAGCUUUGUGGUGUGAUCUGCAGCUGACUGCUGCGGCCGUAGGGAUGGUGCUGCAGAUGGCGUGGUUCCUGCUGGCCCUGAUCCUGUACUCUGAAUCCCGGGUUCUUGUCAAGAGGAGCUUCAAGGAUCAGUCCGUGAGGGGCUACCUUACUGAGCGCACAUGUUGGUGGAACGAGAUCUGUAAGGAGGAGUUCCAGACGCUGUUCCGAUGUAAGUGCCCUUUGUGGUCGUAUUGCCGAAGUCCCGGACGGUAUUACAACGCUUUCUGCACCAUGACGGGCGUUGGUUACAUUUGGACGCAGCCGGAUCGAAACUGGGGAGUCCCGAUAGGUGUGUGGAAGAGGACCGAUGAACAGAGUUCCCGCUCGCAGAGCAACAGUCAGUAACCACAUGAUGUCAGGUGUCUCCUAGCAACACUCCAAAACCCGUGUCAGUUGAAUAUGUUUCUCUGGCGUAGCAACAGGCCAUAGGAAUUCAAGCGCUGUAUUCAUUAUAAAUGUAAUGGCGAUAAAGAUUUUGAUUUUUAUUUUGAUUUACCUAUUCACGUUGACGAGUACAACUCAAUACUAUGAACGAGGCUACGGCCGCCAAAACACAACAAUAUAACCAGUGCCUAAAUCUGGAACUCAGUCGUGAGGUAUGACAAAGAGGGCCGGGACGAAAAUGCAGGGGCGACACAUUUUACAGCCCAUUUAUUUGACUUUUGUUAAUUUUAUUGUUCGUUUGCUCAUAUCGUGACCAGUAAUUGGCAGUCAUCUACGCAUGUUAAGACUGUGAAAUGCAGACUGGCAAUAUCGACUAAUUCUGUAAUCUGAAGCUGGCAGUGACACCCGAACUCCUGUGCGCAAGUGCAGAAACAUGUGUAUCAAACUGUUAUCUUAAGAAAUGGGAUGCCAAUGACAGCUUUUGUAACUGUGUCAGGGAAUUUCGUGUUACCGAUUUCGACGAAGUUUGGAGGGGACGGGGGGGGGGGCAGAAUUUUCUUAUAGUCUGGGGCUACAUGUGGGCUAGUGCGGCCAUUGCAAUUACACCUAGUAUGGUGGAAACAUUCGUUACCAGACUGGGUUUAUGUACAUAGGCUAGAGCUUGCAGCCUGCAAGUGCUGGAAAUAUGCUCUUCUUACCAUCCCUAUUGGUUGCAACGUGUUUAUCUGGCAUAACAGCAGGUCGCAUAGUCUAC